ACCUUUGUGCUACCGCCGAAACAUACCGAGCUAAAUACCUGUGUUACCCUCAGCCAUUAGAGGGAGUUGUCGUUUCCUAUCUUCGCCCUUUGGUGUCCAACUAGGUAGGUAGCUCGUAUUGCCAACUUAUCAUUAAAGCCCUACGACAAGGUCACUUAUUGACGUAAACAUGGGCGAACUUUCCGAGGAAUCCCUCAGUCCCUUACUUGCUGCACACACAGACGAGGAAAUCAGAAAGGAUAAGGCCGCAGCAAUUUCAUUCCGCGAGAUAGGGAGAUCGUCUUACAGAAAUUUACUCCCAAUCAGCAUUUUACUAUGCCUACUAUACGUUGUAGUUGGAUUAACGUUUGUCAUCCUCAACUCGGGCCAAUGCAAACACCCUAAACAAGAAACCAGUCGUCUCUCGAUUCUGAGAGAUGUCUUGCAGUUUGAAGAACGAAAGGAGUGGGUCCCGCCCCAAUAUCCAUGGAACCAACCACCUUCCACUGUGCUGGACUCGGCAUGGGAAGAUCUACUAUAUGCUCUGAACAUACGCGUCUCCGGGGACGAAAUGAGUAAACUUGAACUCAACGUUACCAAUAGAGUUCAAGUCGAUCAUGGUGAUUAUUUCGCUGCUUUAGGUGUCUUCCAUUAUCUCCAUUGCCUCAAUAAUCUCCGCAAGGUGGUUCAUUGGGAUCACUAUGGGCCACAGAUUAUGAGUUCCGGCAAUGAGGAGGCAUUUGGCAAAGAGCAUUCUGAUCACUGUAUCAGUGUGCUUCGGCAGGCAUUAAUGUGCCAUGCAAACGUACAGGUCAACACAGCGGAGUGGGUAGACGAGAACAACUUUUUGGGAGGAAAGGAGUUGAGGUUAGAUCCUACAACGAAUUGCGUUAAAUGGGACACCUUGGAUGGGUGGGCGCGCGCGAGAGCGCUGAAAUCCGGAAAGUUUAGUUUCAGGCCUGGACCAUUUUACAGGGCUGGCACUGGUGAUAAGUGAGCGAAUAACAAGGUGUUGGUGCUAGAUAAUGCAUACGAGGGGUGUAGCCGCAGUAUCCGGGUUGGAAGUGGCAGAGAGGGGAGGAAUCCAUUUCAUUCAUGUUGUGACACAGUACGUGGAAAUUUGUGUAACGAUCAGACUGCAAGGUAGGCCUUUAUUUGUACAUUAAUCCAAAAUACGGCUUCGCGCAGCCCCGCGCUCUAUAAAUAACUGAUUUGGG